CGCCCGCGCCGGGCCGCGCCACGUCGCGACGAGGCGCCGUGGCGGAUGCCAGAGGGGGACCGCGGCUGCAUUCACACGCCGGACGUGGCGGAGUGCCAGGACUUCGGCGAGGGCGAGGGCCCCGCGAGCGGGCGCACGACCCCGCCCUGCGCGACGCUGGCCGGCCGGGGCCUGUACCACUGUUCGAAGGCGCGAGCGACAAGCUGCACCGCCUCCAACAGCGGCAGCCCACGCCGCGGCGGCAGCCCGCGCCGCCACCCGAGCCCGCUGGUGGCGAGCUCGGCGCCGAGAGCUGCGCAGGGGGCAGCUGGGAGGACACCGGACCGCCCGGCGCGCCCGCGGGCUCGGCGCUCGCGCGGGGGAUCUCGCUGUUGGGCGCGCCCGCCAGGCGGCCGCCCCCGCCAGGCCUGGCGCGCGAGGCCAACGCCGGCCUCGCCGCGGUGCCGCCCCCGCCCGGCCUCGGCGCGCCGGCCGGAGCGGACGUCGUCUCCGUCGGGACGAUCGGGCACCCCUUCACUGCGCCGAGCCGUGCAAGUACCGCAGGCGCAAGGCGGGCUGCUUGCUGGGAGUCGACUGCCACCGCUGUCACCUGUGCCAGUGGAGCCGCGGGGACAGGCAGCUGAGGCGGCGAGCCGAGGAGCGCUUGCAGCAGCCCCCGGCCGCCGCCCGCCUGAGCCCGGAACCCCUGCUGCAGGCCGCGCCGGCCGCAACGCGACCAGAGGCGCCGAGCGCUCUGCAGGAGGCGUUGGCCGGGGAGGCCUCGUCCGAAGAGCGGGCCCCGCAGCAGGUGCCGCCAGCGGCCGCCGCCCGCCUUAGCCUGGCGCCCGCGCUGCAGGCUUCGCCGACCGCAGCGCGUUCGGAGGAGGACUGCGCGGAGGACCGCGAGGAGGACCCGGCCUACGUGCGGCUGCGCUGCGAGGAGGGCCCGGCCUACGUGCAGCUGCCGCCCAGCUCGGCGGCCGGGGCGGCGGCGGCGGCCGCGCGUGGCCCGGGCGGCUGGCCCUCGCGCGGCUCCGUGGGGCACCCCGGCGGCUGCGGGCGCGCGUGCAAGUAUGCCUCCAAGGCGAUCGGCUGCAAGGUCGGGCAGUUCUGCGACCGCUCGCCGCCAACCAUCUGUGCCACUGGACCCGCUCGAAGGAGCACUCCUACGUGGCUGGCGAUACUUAGAGAGGUUUGCCGGGUCGGGCAGACUUGUGCGCUCUCGCAUGCUGACGUACGGCACAGGCAAACACAGCUUUGCCUUUUCCAAGGCCGAGGAUGCUGGCGCAUGGCGCAGGCAGGCCCAGCAUUUUGUUUUCAAGCCCGAAGAUAUGUCGAUGAGCAGCUGCCCUAA